AUGACAGUGUCAAACACCUCGCCCAGGAGCCUCAAAUGCCAAGGGAGCAUUGAGGCAUCCAUGGACUUUCUGAGCCUCACCCUAGGCCGGCUGUCUAUCCCAUCAGAGACAUGCCUGUUCAGCCUCCUCGGCCAAUGCUUCACCAAGAUGAAGCACAUCUUCAACCUUAACGAUCCCUCGAACAUUCUCGCGGAGCCAGCCACUCUGGAGCGCAUCCUCAACUCCAUCUUCGAUACCACUUCCGUCCCCUUCGUUACAGAAAAGUCGGUGCGGAUCGCCGCUGGGCUCGAUGACCACGAUAGGUCAUGUCUGUUUGUGGAGGCCGUGGCGGGCAUGGUCCUGAUCUUCCAGCGCCUUGACCUGACCGGCGGUGUGGUUUCCUCAAGGUUGUUGUCCCGGGAGCUCCAGCUUUUCGCCGAGAGCGAGCAGCGGCGGGUGGCUCUGGACAAAAUUAGCAGCAGCGCCCUCUUCAGCUCCUGUUACACCAAGAACUCCAUCGUCGACUUCCUGAUGGCGGCAGUUGACGAACGGAAUGUGGGCCUUCACGAUGCCCUACCUCUAGGCACCGCUGGGGAGCAUCUCUUGAACGACAAUGUUGCUUGGGUCAGCGAUCGGCCAUGCAAGAACAUGGGGUUGCCAUGGGGGUUCACGAUCAUGACGCUGAACUAA